GGGAGGGUGGGGUGACUGUCAUGGAGUCUCUCCGGAGGCUGAAGCGGUUUGAUGCGUUUCCGAAGACCUUGGAGGAUUUUCGAGUCAAGACCUGCGGGGGCGCGCUCGUGACAGUAAUCAGUGGUCUCAUCAUGCUGUUACUUUUCUUCUCAGAACUCCAAUACUAUCUCACAAAGGAGGUUCAUCCCGAAUUAUAUGUUGACAAAUCAAGAGGAGAUAAGCUCCGGAUAAACAUAAAUGUUGCUUUUCCACAUAUGCCAUGUGCCUAUCUGAGCAUUGAUGCCAUGGAUGUGGCUGGAGAGCAGCAGCUAGAUGUUGAACACAAUCUCUUCAAACAGCGCUUGGAUAAAGAUGGCAAGCAUGUGACUCCAGAAGCAGAAAGACAUGAGCUAGGAAAAGAAGAGGAGAUAUUAUUUGACCCCAACUCCUUAGAUCCUGAUCGUUGCGAAAGCUGUUAUGGAGCUGAGUCUGAUGAUAUCAAAUGCUGUAAUACUUGUGAUGAUGUGAGGGAAGCAUAUAGACGGCGAGGCUGGGCCUUCAAGAACCCUGAUACCAUAGAACAGUGCAAAAGAGAAGGCUUCAGCCAGAAAAUGCAGGAGCAGAAAAAUGAGGGCUGUAGAGUAUAUGGGUUUCUAGAAGUCAAUAAAGUAGCUGGCAAUUUUCAUUUUGCACCAGGUAAAAGCUUCCAGCAGUCGCAUGUUCAUGUGCACGCUGUUGAGAUUCAUGAUCUGCAGAGCUUUGGACUUGAUAAUAUAAACAUGACACAUAUUAUCAAGCAUCUUUCCUUUGGGAAGGAUUAUCCUGGCAUUGUGAACCCGCUUGAUGGGACCGUUGUCACAGCAGAGCAAGGUUCUAUGAUGUUUCAGUAUUUUGUGAAAGUGGUUCCAACUGUGUAUAUGAAAGUUGAUGGUGAGGUGGUGAGGACAAACCAAUUUUCAGUAACACGGCAUGAAAAAAUAGCGAAUGGCCUAAUAGGAGACCAAGGUUUACCUGGUGUAUUUGUGCUCUAUGAGCUUUCUCCCAUGAUGGUGAAACUAACAGAGAAACACAGGUCCUUUACACAUUUUCUCACUGGAGUCUGUGCUAUCAUUGGAGGAAUAUUUACAGUUGCAGGACUCAUUGACUCUUUGAUCUAUCAUUCAGCCCAGGUCAUUCAGAAGAAAAUAGAGCUUGGGAAGAUGACAUAGAUUGGUUUAAAGAACUUUAAGGAGUGAAAAAGAAUACUUUAAGACAAUGACCCAUUUGAAUGUAUAAGGAGCAGAUGUCUGGACUUGUGAAGACCCUCUGACAACAGUUCCAGGCUUGGCUUCAUUCCUUGUUUGGGCAUUAAUUAAUAACUGGGUGAAGUAAAGCAGGAGGUUAAUUAAAUCAGUGCUGUACUUUAGAUUCUAGUAUCUGUCUGAUCUCUUGAUGUAUCACUCAACUUCUGGAUUCUGAGACACGAAGCAGUUGAAUACAACUCAUUUUUCAAUGUGGGGAAAAAUGUUUUCUUGUUGUACUUGUACCCAUUGCUACCCUUGGGAUGUGUAUGUGUGGAACAACUUCUCAGGAAUGUUUUAAUAACACUGUCAAAUAUUUGAUAUCUUUCUACAUUCUCUAGCAUUGCAACUUCAGAUCCAAUAGAAUUACACUAUGUGUACUAGGCUCAGCAGGUUUUCAUUUUCCUUUCCAUUUCCCCCCCUACCUUGGUAACUUGAACACUAAGGCCUUUUCCGCACGGGGCCCAAAACAACGGCUCAGGGACAGAAAAACACUGCAAUGCAGCAGCGCCAUCCUGUGCAGCCCUGAGCGGCGUGAAGGCGUCACUUUCCACCUCCCUUCCCAAGGGAGAUUUUUGGAAAGCGUCACCUUCCCAUUGGCACAGUGCGAACAGCACCGCGCCAAAGACAGUGCUUUCCUGCCCCCCCCCCCACUCACCUCGUCCUCCAGCGUUAGUCUGGAAAGCUGCUGAGACCCACCCACGAUGCCCUCCAACCCCAGUUUCUAGCCCUUCUGCCUUCCUGAAGCUUCCUCGUUUGACUGCUCCUUGCUGAGAUGAUAGGUUAUAAUGCUACAGCACAGCAGCAUGUGCUGUCACACAACUGCUGGAAUAGCAGAAUAACUACUAGGUACAAAGGUAAUUUCACCCAACAGGGCUGGAUGGGAAAAUGAAGCAAGGCAGCAAGGAGUGUUUUAAGUUCAAAAUGUUUAGGCAAAAAUUGAAUGGUUGAGAGGUUUACUGUACCAAAUCAGGUGAAGCCUACGAUGCAUAAAAUCUGAGUGACAUAAGGCCUGCCUCUCGAAAACCUUAACAAUAAGCUGUUCAUAUACACUCUUAGACAAGAGAUGUAAUUCCAGCGUACAUGAUGCACUGUGCCCUAAUUCCUUUCUACAAAGUGGAAACGUUUCAGUGAUGGAGAUGCUUCCUACACCAUGGAGGACUCCAAGGAGGACUUGGGCACACAUGACUCAUGAUGGCUACUUAAUACUGCUCUUCUCUGAAGAGGGAGUCAAUUCUGGGGAAUGAGUAGCAGCAGCUUUAUUGUAAAGAUAACCUGGUCUUCAGCACAACACGUGACGUAACUACAGCCCUCCAGAGGUGAGUGAGUAAUGCUACCCAUUCUAAGUAACAAAUAUGUUCAGUUAGACUUUUAGAAGGGUCUGGCUUAAAUUUUGGGUUCCUUUUUUCACCCUGUGUCAUUCUGAGAGAGAAAAACGUGUUCUGUUGAGUUAGAUUGUAAUGUUCAUAACAACAAGAAAAGAAUUACUGUUACGGCAAUUAAGAUUGCUCUCCAAUAUUACUUGACUGCUGCACACAUGUUUUACACUACACGGUUCUUUAUAUAAAUCUUUUGAAAAGAGAUGCAAAUAAAUUCUUGCCAAAGGGCAGCUGUAAUUUGUUAUCAUUAUCCUGUUUGCAAAUGUUCAUUUUACACUGUGUUUUCAGAGUGGUGUUAAAAUUGCAUCCUGGUGUACAAAUGCCUAUUGCUGGGUAGAUAAAUCCUGCUUUGAUUUCCGGA